AUGUCGUCAGACUAUACCUAUGAUGAGCAGGGUCAAUUUUUCCCCUUCUUCAUCCUCACCUUGACCGGCCUGGUUACCCUCCCUCUCACUUAUAACCUCCUCCGACCCAGCAAAGAGCUAGAAAACACCGCUCCCCGCAUCAAGUCCGAUUUCAAACCCCAACAUGCCGAUCUCAUCGAUGGCCAAAAGCGCAAACGCCUGCGCAAGGAGCGCCGGAUCAAGCGCAUAGUGACGGUGAUUGUGGGGUAUCUGGUCAUGGCAUGGAUGGUCUAUUUGAUCAUCGUGACGGCCAGGACCGUGCAGAAGGUAUACGAUCCGUACGAGGUUCUGGGCGUCUCAAGGAGUGCCGACGAAAAAGCUAUCGCCCGCCACUAUAAACGCCUUUCCCUCAUCUACCACCCCGAUAAAAUCCGCCCCGACCCCGCCAAGAACGAAACCAUUGAAACCCUCAACGACCGCUUUGUCGAGCUCACCAAGGCCUACAAGGCACUCACCGACGAGGAGAUCCGCAACAACUACCUCCAGUAUGGCCACCCUGAUGGCAAACAGAGCUUCAGCAUUGGUAUUGCUCUUCCCCAGUUUAUUGUCAUGGAAGGCAACGGGAAAUAUGUCUUGUUGGUCUAUGGCGUGUUGCUGGGUGUUCUUCUGCCGUACAUUGUCGGAAAAUGGUGGUAUGGCUCGCAGCGCUACACGAAAGAGCGUGUUCUCGUCGCUAGCGCCGGAAAUAUCUUCCGCGAAUACAAGGACGAUAUCACGGAUGGCGGCAUCAUCGGAGCUCUGUCUUCGGGUGAAGAGUUCAAGGAGAUGCUCAAGGGUGUCCAGGCCGAGUCUGGACUGGCCAAGUUGGAAAAGCGGGUGUUGGCAGACGACUCGUUCCUGUCUGCCAAGGACCGCGAGACUCUCAAGCAACUGGACAGCUCCUCUCGCCGGAAGGCUUUGGCUUUGCUGUGGGCUUACCUGGGCCGCAUCGAUUUAGGCGAUGCCUCUCUUGACGCAGAAAAAUACGAAGCCGCUCCCGUUGCGCUCUCCCUGACUGAAGCAUUCAGCGCCAUCUCUCUCGCUUUUGGUAACCUUCGACCUAUCCUCGGCGCUUUCCAGACGUCGCAGAACCUCAUCCAGGCCGUGGCUCCGGGUUCGUCGCCGUUGCUGCAACUUCCUAACUUCACGGACGCGGUCGUGAAAUCUGUGGAGGGCGAGCAUGCAAAGGAACACUUUACCGUUCAAAGGUUCAUGAAGAUCCCGGAGGACCAACGGCGCAGUCUGACCGUGGGCGCCGGCCUCUUGUCCGAGAAGCAAUAUACUGACGCCGUCGCGGUUGCACGGCAACUGCCUGUCCUCGACAUCUCGCGCGCAUUCUUCAAGGUCAUGGGCGAGAAGUUCAUCACGCCGAGCAGUCUGGUACAGCUGGUGGUGAAGGCCCGUUUCAUCCCGCCUGGCUGCACGAAUGUGCCGGCAGUGAGCGAGCUCGACCUCGAAGACAUCGACCCUGACGAGGACGACCUCGACGCUCUUAUGGGCCGCAAACCGGCCAAGAACCGCACAUCCAAGCUUGCGAACGGCAAGAAGGUAGAGUCCAAGAUCGAGACCAUUCAGCCGCCCCUGGCCCACGCGCCGUACCUGGCCCGCGACCACUCUCCGCGCUGGCACAUCUUCCUGGCGGACACCAAGCAGGGCAAGAUGGCCGUCCCGCCGUUUACCUUCACCACCUUUGACAAGCCGCUGUUCGACGAGGCUGGCAAGCCCACGUUCAAUGUGCAGACUCUGAAGAUGCAGUUCCAGGCCCCUCCGCAGGUCGGCGACUUCACCUUCGCCCUGCACAUGCUCUGUGACAGCUACCUGGGCCUUGAUCACCGGAUGGAGAUCACAUUGCACAUCGACGACCCGGCCAAGGCAGCCGACGUGGCCGAGGAGGAUGAUAUCAGUGAACCGGACGAGGACUCCAUCGCCGGCCAAAUGCACGCCCUCAAGACCGGCCAACCCCCCAAGAAGAAGACUAGACGGGAUUCCGACGACUCCAGCGAGAGUGACACCGACGGCGACGCCGCCGAGACCAGCGACACCAACACGGAAACGGAUGUCGAGGAUUGA